UGAAUUGAAGAAUACCUGUAAUGUUUGCUCAUGCAGCCAGGUCUAAGUACAUGUAAUACAUAUAUGUAGAUCGUUCGAACCGCCGUCUGAGUCGUGAGGACCAGUGAGGAGGGGGCAAUCGAUAAGAAAUUACGAGAAAUUAUGCUGUGAUUGUCACUCAAAUUAUUACCAGAAAGACGCAAAACGUACUGCCAGGCAAGAUGGAGGACGCAAUGAUGCAAAUGAUGCAGGUGGUUUUCGCCAAAGAAACUAUGUAUCCCCCUUUAAAAGGAGUCUUAGAGAAGUUUUCAGCAUGGUAUGAAGAACACAAAAAUACGUUAGAACAGUCCGAGUGUGAACGACACGAGAAACAAAUCAAGCUGAUUGGCGAUACGUGUCGCCUGUAUGAGGAGGAGACGCCAGAGGAUACUGUGGAGGUCAAGAAACAGAGACUUGCCAAAAUUAUGGCCGUUAGUCAGGAGAUCGGUGCCCUCGGUGACCUUCCCCCAGAGGUGAAAAAGGAUAUGCCCCAACCUAAAUUUCAAGCUGGAGACAUGGCGGGCUGUAUGGUUAUGUGAUUUCCAUCCGCGGACCCCCCUUCAAAUAAUCCUGGAUCCGCCUCUGACAUGCAUGUACCAAGAAAGCGGCAUAUAUUUUUUGAUCCUCUUGUUCCGUCAGAUAUUUUCUAUACAAAAAAGAUAGCGUUUAAUGAAUAUAUAACACUGUAUCUGUAACAGGCACAACUGUCAAAAUAAGUAUACAAAAUCGGAUAUCUUGAAUUUAAUCUUUUGUUUUCAAUAUCAGAAGACAUGUUUUUAAUUUCGA